AUGAAUCCUCUCAUCCCAUUUGCAAUCACUAUUCUUGUAUGUCUCUCCCCUCUUCCCACACUCACCGCCGUUGUCCUAGACACCAACGGUGAGACGGUACGUAACAGUGGCGGAUCCUACUACGUCGUCCCAUACGACGGUAGUGGAGGUCUCAGCCAAACAAAAAGAGUAGGGAGCUCACCAUGCCCACUCUAUAUAACUCGUCAAGCUAACUCCCUCGGCGUACCAGUGAGGAUAUCUUCCCCUCUUAGAAUAAUCGAUAUUCUAGAAUCGACUCGUGUUAGUAUUACCUUCGUAACCGACGUUACGACUUGCGAGGGGCUGGGGUGGCAAGUGACCACCGGUGGACAAUCGUAUGUGACUACCGAUGGUGAUGAUUUCAAUUAUUCAUUCGCCAUUGAGGUGGCUGGGAAAAAGAAGAAUACUUAUAAGAUAAGGACUUUAUGUACAUCGUUAGAAGGUGGAGUUGAAAAAAAUUGUGGUGAUUUAGGUAUUAUUAAGGAGAAUGGGUUGUUGGGUGUCACAAAUGAAAAACCACUUAUUGUUCAGUUUAAGAAAGCCAGCGAUCCUGGUGAGAAUAAUCUUGGAAAGUCAAUUAUGUAG